UCCCCACUCUAUAAUGAUUUCAGUGAAUAUCGUAAAAUUGAAAUUCUCAACAAUUUAUUGGCUCUAUUUACUCUAUGAGUUUUUCUCAAACAGGGAAAUGCAAGCCUAAUCCUCAAUUAUUAGUUGGAGGAACUGAGAGAUAACAUUUGCAGCCCACAAGUGAAAUAAUAGAUCUUAUUCAUCGUAUCUUUUCUGUAUCCAAGAUAAAGGUUAUUCCUUACAUCUUCUCCAUCCUACCACAUCCAUGCCAUGCACUUAAACCACUUAAGAACAUUCAUAACAUUUGUGAUCUAUCUUUCACUCUGGCUUAACCAACCUGAAUGUUUUAAUAACUCCUGCUGCAAUUUGGACAUUUGUUUAUUCCCCAAGCAACAACUGGUCUUUUUCAUGCCAUGUAGUUCCCUGAAUCAAUUUAUAUCGGUACAGAUGUUAUAAAUACAAAGGUGUCAAGGAUUGUGAGCCUCCUUAACCCAGAAAUUAGGCAUGGGAUUGAAUUGACAUCACUCUGAAGCAGUUGUCGCUGCUUUCGGAGAUUGGUUGAAUAUUGAAAUAUUAGUGUGUGUGGAAAUAAUUCUAAAAUUAUCUAGUUCAACCCACUAACAUUAUAGAUGAAGAGUCAGAGGCACCAGCUGAUUCAGUAACUUAUCCAAUCUGACACAUCUAGGACAAGAUUUGAGCCUACAUUUUCUGAAUCCCAGGUCACUGCUAUUUCUCCUACACAAGUUUAAGUGAGAGCUGUACUGGAGACAUCCAUUUUAACAUCAGGUACGUGGGUGCAUAAACAAACAUAAAAGUUUCUGGAAUGGGUUAAGUCAGAAGAAUAGUGUGAAGUUAAAGAAAGGUACCAAACUCAGGACAAAAAGCCGAAGCAUAUGGGUAGUUGCAUGUGUAAAUUUGGUUUGAUGUUGGAACAAUUUAUUUGGAAUGUGUGCUUAUAACAGAGUUUUGAGAAAGAAAAGAAAAGGAAAGAAAAAAAGAAGAGAAAAGCUUGGUUUAGUGGCAAGAUGAAAGGGAUUUUUUUGUGAGUUUUAGGUACAUGUUUCAAUUAGCUUUCGGUGCACUUUGUAAUGUCUUCUCAGACCUCAGUGAGAACUACUUUUCCUAGGCAGUCUAGUUUUAACUUUUGAGGCAUGUUAUAUUACAUGACUUCACCAUUACUACCUCUUUCUCUACAUAGAAAGUUAGAGAACUUUCUAUUUCCUAUUUGUCCAAGUGAAUUCUGAACAGGAAGGGUUUCUGCUUCAAACGGCUUUGGUGAAAAUCUAUAAAAUCCAGCAGUUAAAAAAUAUCUGACUUCAGGCAGCAUAGUAUGUAAGAGAGUCUUUUUAUUUAAAAUAUACUUGGAAAUGUAUGAAACCGUCAGGCUCUAACAACAUCAUGUUCAUCAGCUUUUGAAAAAUGUAUCGUCAUGGUGGGGUAGAAACAGGGUCACUCAUGUCUGCGUGAUUGAAAUGAUGAACUGAGAAAGAGAGGAUAUUUCAUUGUUAUUCUGGACAAUCUCCAUUAGAAAAUUGAAAUGGCCUGUGUUUCUCUGCAGCCAUUUUCCCUCCCCUCAUGUUCUAUUCCUUUUCCAACCCACUGUAAGAGACCAGUGUCCACAUUCCUUUCCACUAUUGUGUUCCCACUAAUAAUCAAUCAUGGUUCUCAAACAUUGCUUACUCCAGUCUUUAACUGUCAUCAUGCCUUUAAAAAGGUUACCAUUCUCUUCCCCUUCAAAACUUGUUGGCAGCUAGCUAUGAAAUUUUUAAAGUAUUUCACAAACUGAGGCGUAAAUAUUCAAAUAGUUUAAUUUUUAUUUCUUUUUAUGAAGGUUUGCAUCUUACUUGUAAGCAAAUUGCUAAGGCAUAAGAAUUAAUCUUGAAUUUAAUCAAUUAAGAUAUCUGGAAAGGCCAUGGGGGAGAUAUUUGACCACGGUGAGCAGGGGAGUGAUACAACAGGGAACUAUCUGGUGGAGAUCUGCCACUAAAUUAUUUCAUGCCAAAAAAAAUCUCACUUUGAGUUUGAUUACUGUUUUUUUUUUUUUUCCUAGUUCGCCUCCCAUGUGGAAAUGUCAGAGUCCUUCCAGCAAUCAGAGUGAAUGGCCUGGAAUAACCAGUCAGUGGUGACUGAAUUCAUACUGCAGGGUCUCUCCAGUUCUUGGGAACUCCAGAGCUUCUAUUUCCUGUUUUUCUCCAUAGUCUAUGCAGCCACUGUACUGGGGAACCUCCUAAUCAUGCUCACCAUUGUGUCAGAGCCACACCUUCACUCCCCCAUGUACUUUCUGCUGGGCAAUCUCUCCUUCAUUGACAUGUCUCUGGCCUCCUUCACCACACCCAAAAUGAUUGCAGAUUUCCUCACUGAGCGCAAAGCCAUCUCUUUUGAAGGAUGCAUCACCCAGAUAUUCUUCCUGCAUCUCUUAGGGGGUGCUGAGAUUGUACUGCUGAUAUCCAUGUCUUUUGAUAGGUACAUGGCUAUAUGUAAGCCUCUACAUUACUUAACCUUCAUGAGCCAGAGAAUGUGUUUUGGGCUUGUCACACUUUCCUGGAUUGUUGGCAUCUUCCAUGCUAUGAGUCAGUUAGCAUUUACUGUGAAUCUGCCCUUCUGUGGACCCAAUGAAGUGGACAGCUUCUUUUGUGACCUCCCCUUGGUGAUUAAGCUUGCAUGCAUAGACACAUACAUUCUGGGAGUAUUCAUGAUCUCAACAAGUGGCAUGAUUGCCCUGGUGUGCUUCAUCCUCUUGGUGAUUUCCUACACUGUCAUCCUGGUCACUGUUCGGCAACAUUCCUCUGGUGGGUCCUCCAAAGCCCUCUCCACUUGCAGUGCCCACUUCACUGUUGUGACCCUUUUCUUUGGCCCAUGCAUUUUCAUCUAUGUGUGGCCUUUCACAAAUUUCCCAAUAGACAAAGUGCUUUCAGUAUUUUACACUAUUUUGACACCCCUCUUGAAUCCAGUGAUCUAUACCCUUAGAAAUAAAGAUGUCAAGGAUUCCAUGAGGAAACUUAGCAGCCAUAUCUUUAAGUCUAGAAAGACUGAUCACGCCCCUUGAUUUCCUCAUACAAAAAUGAAAUACUUGUUCAGCAUUUAUCCCCCGACUCAGUUGGUCAGCAUAUUGAUGCUAUUGCAAGAAAUAAAUCAGUUCAUGGGAGAACUAUUUCUGCAAUCAGUCUCAGCAGUCACUGAGUUCUAGUCAUAUUAACUGUUCUUCACACAAUAUAACGUAUACUACAGAUCCUUAUCAAACUUAUACUCAACAUUUUACUACACAAGACUCACUUUUCAGAAUAUUCAGUUUUUUGUCAGAUAUAAGCAUUUAGUUGAGUAUUCCUCCUGAGACAUUCACAUGGUUAAGAAAGAGUAGAUUCCCUCCCAGUCUCUUGUAAAAGUCUCUAAGAAAAGAGGCAAACACGAAAGCGCUAACACCUAGUACAGCACCUUGUACACUGAAGUAACAAUGGAAUAUCUUAUUGCUGACAGAGGUGCUGGUGAAUGAAUAAUUUUAUUUCAAAUUCAGAAGAAAAAUGGAGAGCUCUUGGUAAGUAAAAAUAUUUGCUAUUUAAUGUUUUUGUAACCCAUUCUUGAUAAGAAUAAUAUAUCUUAUUUAUCUUCAGUCCUUAAAUUCCCCAGAGUGGAUUUCACAAUUUUAAAAUAAUACAGUAAACUCCAGGAAAAUUCUUGUAGUCUUAUAUAUACUAAAGA